AUGCCGGACCCUGAGAGCAAGUUCCGGACGUACGGGAGCGAUUUCGGGGGAGGGUUCAAGCUCAUGCCGCAGUGGAUGCAACAGGCGCCGCGCGUGCGCAGGCGGACGCCCAGCGACCGCAGCCGCGACCAGCUCGUGGACCUGGCCGUCCUGAACGCGCGGCUCGAGGGCCAGGACUCCGUCGCGGUCCGGAAGCGUCUGGAGCACCUGAAGAUGCGGCGGGAGAACUGGGAGGAGGUGCACCGGCACGUGAUGCGGCACGACGCCGAGGCGACGCUCGCGUCGAUCGAGGAGGUGGCGCGCGCGGUGGCAGCGCUGCCCGCCGAGCAGGAGGAGGGCCUGUCGAUCGCCGCGCUCUCGGACGAGGUCAAGGAGGCCCAGGAGAUGCUCGCGGACGCGCGCAGGCAGCUGAACAUCACCCAGAAGCGCGUCGAGGCCAACCAGCACCGCGUGCGGGAGCUCAAGCUGGAGGCGGAGCGCCUGGAGAGCCUCCGGGUGGACGCCGCGUCCGCGGGCGCGCAGCCGGAGGCCGCCGCGGCGGCGCCGUCUCCGCGCGAGGAGCGCAGCGGCGCGGAGCGCCCGCGCCCGGCGCCGACGCGAGCACGCCGGAGCGACGAGACGCGGGGCGCCGGCCGGCGGCGCACGAAGCGCCGCGGCCCGAACCUGCACAGCUCGCUCGAGCCCGAGGACGCGCUGAAGGAGUUCUGGCACCCCGUCGAGUUCGCGUCGCAGCUGCCGCCCAACAAGAUGGUGCCCGUGGAGCUCUUUGGCGACGCGUGGGUGCUCUUCCGGGACGAGAACGGCGACGCGGCGUGCAUCAAGGACGAGUGCGCGCACCGCGCGUGCCCGCUCUCGCUCGGCCAGCUCGUCGACGGCCAGCCCGAGUGCCCCUACCACGGGUGGACGUACUCGCGCUGCGGCGAGGUCACCAAGAUGCCCAGCACGCGGUUCUGCCACGGCCUGCGCGUGCGCUCGCUGCCCGUCGUCGAGAAGGACGGCUUCGUGUGGGUCUGGCCCGGCCAGCGCGACCCCACGCCGCUCCCGGAGCGCACCGCCAUCGCCGUGCCCGAGGGCUACGAGUGCCACGCGGAGAUCUCGCUCGAGGUCCCCGUCGAGCACGGGCUGCUCGUGGAGAACCUCCUCGACCUCGCGCACGCGCCGUUCACGCACACGGCCACCUUCGCCAAGGGCUGGACCGUCCCUGACAUGGUGCGCAUCCGUACCAUGGAGAUGCUCGCGGGGGAGUGGCACCCGUACCCGAUCAACAUGUCGUUCGAGCCGCCGUGCAUGACGCUGUCCACCGUCGGGCUGCACUCGCCCGGCUCGAUCGAGCGGGGCGUCACGGCGGACGCCGCCUCGCACCACCUGCACCAGCUGCACGUGUGCGUGCCGGCGUCCGGCGGCAAGACGCGCGUGCUGUACCGCAUGAGCAUGGACUUCCUCGGCUGGCUGCGCCAGGUGCCGCUCGUGGACCGCGUCUGGGAGGACGUCGCGCGGCAGGUGCUCGAGGAGGACCUGCGCCUGGUGGCGGGGCAGCAGGACCGCAUGCAGCGGUCCGGCGACCUCUCGAUCACGUGGGCGAACCCCGUGAGCUACGACAAGCUCGCCGUGCGGUACCGCCGGUGGCGCAACGGCGUCGUCGACGCCGCUGCCAACGGCGACGAGCCCGUGUGCUCCGAGUCGGUCGAGUGCGACGCGGGGACGCUGUUCCGGCUGGACGAGGAGGAGGGGGAGAGCUCGGACGACGACUUCGACUUCAACUCGCCGCGGAUCUGA